GGCAAGAAAUUAGCGGCAUUGCACAGGGAAAAAGCAAAGAAACACACACACACACACGGAGCUCAACACAAAACGGCAAACGUUUCCAACUAGCAGCAAGCAAACACAGGCGAGCGUAUCAACCGAAGGACAUCCACCGACAAAAAAAAAACGCUAGCGAUCCUUGCUGUGCGCGUGUGUGUUUCCCGUUUUUGUUAUUGUUUUAUCUCCGAGCGAUAUAAAAGGCCAGAGACACACGCCGGAAGCCGGAAGCUUUGGUACAGAUAAAUAAAAUUAAACGUACCAAAGUACGCAGGACACGCGGUACGAGCAACUGGCGGUAGCAGCCGAGUGCCCUUCACACAUCACAUCAACAAAGAGUGCAAGUAAUCAACAACAGCAAUAAUGGUCCUGCGGAGCAAGAACCUGGUCCGGUACGUGUUCCAGAACCAGCACAAGCUCAUCCAACAGCUGCUCGUCCAGAGCCAGGUCCGGCUGUGCAGCGGCCAUGGCGGCAUGCAGCAGCAGGCCCAGCUGCGGGUGGACGAGGAGGACAGCUUCCCGAAGCUGGCUGAGGUGGCCCCGAUCGCUGCCCCGUUCCCGAUGACGCUCGAGCAUGCGGCCGACGUGGGCGAACAGUUUAAGUAUUCCGACCUGAGCGUCCGCUUGGCAGCUCCCCACCAGCUAAAUCCGAAGCCCGAUGUGGACGACCUGGCGUUCGGCAAGUACUUCACGGAUCAUAUGCUGCGCGUCCCGUACCACCGGCGGCUCGGAGGCUGGCAGAAGCCGGAGAUCACGCCGAUGGAGAACCUGAACCUGCACCCGGCAGCCAAGGUGUUCCAUUAUGCGAUUGAGCUGUUCGAGGGUAUGAAGGCGUACCGCGGGUACGACGGCAAGAUUCGUCUCUUCCGCCCGGAUAUGAACAUGGCGCGCAUGAACGUCACCGCCUACCGGUCCGGCCUGCCGACGUUCGAGGGCGAGGAGCUGAUCAAGGCGAUGGCUCGCCUGGUGAUGAUCGACUCCGAGUGGGUUCCGCACACCGAAUCCGCCAGUCUCUACAUCCGCCCGACCCUGAUCGGCAUCGAGCCCACGCUCGGUGUUGCGUCAUCGGACUCGGCACUGCUGUACACCAUCCUGUCGCCAGUCGGCCCAUACUUCAAGCCCGGUGCCAGCGGCCUGAAGCUGUACGCCGAGCCGAAGUACACGCGCGCCUGGCCCGGCGGUGUCGGUGACCGCAAGGUUGGCUCCAACUAUGGCCCCACCAUCCACGUGCAGCGCGAGGCCCUGCGCAAUGGCUGCCACCAGGUGCUGUGGCUGUACGGUGACGACCAUCAGCUGACCGAGGUCGGCGUGAUGAACAUCUUCAUGCUGUACAUGAAUGAGAACGGAGAGCGUGUACUAGUGACGCCUCCGCUGGACGGUCUCAUCCUGCCCGGAAUCACGCGUGAUUCCAUCAUUCGCCUCUGCCACCAGUGGGGCGAGUUUACCAUCAAGGAGCAAAAGUUCACGAUGCCGCUGGUGAAGAAGCUGGCCAAGGAAGGACGGCUACUGGAAAUGUUCGGUGCAGGCACGGCGGCCGUCAUCAGCCCAAUCGAACACAUCGCGUACAUGGGCGAGGAGAUCUUUGUGCCGACUGAAUCGCACGACAACCCGCUGUACCGGCGGCUAUACAACACCCUCACCGACAUCCAGUACGGCAAGCUGGACCACCCUUGGGCCUACGUCAUAGACUGAAGUGGGCCGAUGGGCCGCUCUAGUUCGUCUCGCUGGAUCCCUCGCACCAACACCACUCCCUCCAUUUAUCCCUUCCCCCCACUGUUACUUCCGGGCGCCACUCCGGCCGGUUGGAACCAAUCACUGACACUGAGUAUACCCAAUCCAGUGCGAGACAAGUAGUCACUCUGUCCUAGGCCAGCUGCCUAGCGAGGUAAGCCCUCCUAGAGCACAGCUUUUGAAGCAUUCCAACCGUUGCGAACCAGCGCCACCUCGAUGUGUCGAUAUUAGUUUACGAUGUAUAAUCACUCGAAAAAGAUUCUCUCAAGUUAAGUAGGACGCAAGGGUUCUACCAGGUUUAUCUUCUCUCCACCCAAACACACUUCCCCCCCCCCCCCCCCCCCCCCCAUCUUGCCUCUGCCCCCCCGGUGUCGGCUCGCUUCGUCUGGUUCGGGGCAGUUCAUUUAAUCUUUUGCUUAGCUAAGUCUCCCCGCCCCAAAACAUGCGCUGCUAUCUUAAUUGCGAAAGACAUUGCGAAAUUACUUGUGAUACCGUGUUGCAAUUUCAAAACAGCUACAAACGAAGGAGAGAGGGUGUGCGUUAGUAGCAAGUAGUCUAUCGAGCUGCUGUCCGCCCCGGUGUGUCCUUGCACCCAGUGCAGAUUAAUUGGAAAAUACAACGCAGCGGAUGUCAAUCAAACCAUAAUUUUCUUUUUUGGAAAAAGUAAUCUACGUGGUAGCACUAGCAAUUUUAUUCUACACGCGUGACUGCGUGUGAGGAACAGGAAUGUUGAGGGAACACAUUGAAAAGGCAGAGCGACGGAGCGAGCGAGAAACAGACAGCAAGAAGGAUGAAUCGUUUCCAGAACAUGGAUGUUUUUGGGUAACUUUUCCCUUUUAGCUGCUUGUCGGAAUGUGCAUUUACUAGAAUUUUAAGGUAGGGCUUUACUUCAAAGUGUAUUUAUAAGUAAGCGAAUGUAGGCACCUAGCUGGUGGAGUCGAGACAAAUACUAUGCACAGGGGGUUCGUAAGCGGCUACCAAGCAGCUCGCGGAACGCACACUUGUGCUGUACUGUGGUUUUUUCCCCGCCAGCGUGUAGCCUGUUGUGGCGUUCGAUCUAGGAUUGGAAAAAUGUUUCACGACCGUCCGUUGGCUUUUCGAUUGAAACUUGGCUUUUGCUUCUGGCAGGUGUAGAAUCAAUUCUACUGAAAUGAUGUGACGGAGGGUUAGAAGAGAAGCUAAGAUUAAACAGAUGCUAGCGAAGGAAAGACAAACCCAUCCAUCCCGAGGGAGGAUGGGGGGAGGCGUUGAUAGUAGGACCCCAGCCCACCAUUUCAAUCCCUUAGAGCAGGUGGCUUUUCAAGCACGAUCGCGAUGAUGGCCACCGGCCAAAACCCUUCCACGGGGCAGCACGAGCGCCACCGCGACUCGCGAUAUGGUUUUCUCUUGUGAUAGGGCCUUCCGUAGAUAUUCUUUUUUUUUGUGCGUACUUUAAGAUUAUUUUAUUUUAUUUUUUUUUGUUUUGUACACACUUAGGUAUUUAAUAAACCUAUUUUAUUUUUUUCCUUGUUUAGAAAAACAAAACAAUUUGUCGUACAAAUGAAAACAGAAAGUGCAUUUCCCCCGAUAUAUCUAUAUACGUGGCCCCUUUUUUUGUACAUAUAGAGAGAAAAGGGGCCCCCCCCCUAGCUUGUGGGAGAGUCGGCUUUGCGUGAUCCCCGCUACGGAGCGCUCCGAUUGGAACUGUCCCCCGUGGCGCCGCAGCGACGGCACGAAAGUUUCGACAGGAGUCGAAGUCUAGCUCGGCAGCACGGCAGUCCCUCUUUCCCGGGCAUAAGAAUAUUCCCAAGUUUUAAGUCUAACGCGUAACGGAAGUGUCAUACAUUGCAAAAUUGUAAACCCGUUGUAGUGUUUUAGUACAAGUACAUCAAACAAUAAACUAUUGAAAGAGUUC